GCACAUAAAAUGUAACAAAACUGGAAUGACACAGUCUGAUCCAGGUUAUCAUAUCAUACGUCGUGGUUUGUACGCAAGUGGACUGUGGACGAGUGUUUUUUUAAUUGAUGGUUGUGUGACUCAGAGCUUGGUUCUUUUCUUCAUGCUAAAACAACUGCAAAGCGAAUUUGAUAUCUCUGAAGCUGAAUCGGAAGCCGUACACCAUCUCUUGCUAAAGCCUGCCGAGACAGCUACUGUUCUGCUGCCCUACUGCAUGGGAAUUUUAAUGAGUCCAGAUUUUUUUUUUUGGCUGUCAGCGCUCAACAUGCCAAGCAGAUGUCAAUGAGUCUACUUUGUACAUCUAAGCCUCUACGAUAUUCAAAGAGGGAAUAGUGGACGUGCAUAUGAUAUUUAGCUUUGCCAGAGUCAGUGAGCUGAGCCAUAUGCGUAUUACAGAUGUAUAAUUCAGCUAUCGGACAGUUGAAGGCAUCAUCCAUUUGAGGGACCUUUAUCUGCACGUUCUUGUGCCGUCGGCCAUUCACACAUCAUUGGCUGUUCAUCUUCUGAUGAGGUUAUCGCUUAUUUAUGUCCACUGACUGAAUAAUGGAUCGUUUCACUGGAAACCUCAUCAGAGCCGCUGAGACAGACUGAGAACUUCAGAGAACUUCAUUGCCAUUCGCACUGCUGCACACCGUACACGCGCACAUAAUCUCCUCUCGACAGGAGUGUGGAGAACCUUUCUUAGAAGGAAAGAAAAAAGAAAUCGAUUUGACUGAGCUGUGAACUCCUCACUCGUCAAGUCUGAAAUCCGCCCCGCAGCGUCCCGUGCUCGGAUUCACCUUCAGUGUGUGCUGAGAGAAAGAGGAAGAUUUUGUUGUGAUUGAUCGCCGACAAUGAUCGGGAUGCUGUUGUGAUUAACUACAUCUACUUGAUGAGGCGUCCAUGGAUUUGCAGAUUUAGGAACUAGACUUCUUUCCCUGGACAAAAACAUGGGCAGCACUUGCUCAUCCUCACAGAGUGUAAACGGCGAAACCUCCAACAAAAAUAUGGGAAACCGCCGCAGUAGCCACUCCUCCAACGAAGAGAAGGACAAAGAGAAGGAGAGAGAACACCGCUCCAGCAGCAAUGCCUCCGCAAAGACGUCAACCCAAGCCCAACAAGAGAAGAAACACACCAACCCACCCCUAGCCCCACCCCAGCCUGCCGAGAGCCCACCCUCGCCUCAAACCCCCGCCCCGGGGCCUGCACGCAAGACCACACCUCCUCAGAUGUCACCAGCGAUGACCAAGCCAUCUCAGAAGUCCAGCACCGGCUCGUCGCUCCCCGAUCUGGCUUGCUACAGCGAAGAUGUUAGGAACAUGCUGCUGGGCAAGGUGGCUUUGGUGAGGUGCAAGCCGCAAGCUAAGAUGGUCAGAGUCUACAUCAGUGCUGCUUCUGUAGACUCGGAGAUGGAGAGGAAUGCGCUGAUGGAACGCGUCUACCCCAAGCUACGAGACCACUGCGCCCUCAGUGGCUACGAGUUUGAAGCCAUCGACCUCUUCUGGGGACUGUGGGAUAACAGGCUGAACGACGAGCGAUUCUUGGACCAGUGUCUGCGAGAGAUCAAGCAUUGUCAGGCCGCCUCCACCGGACCAAACUUCAUGUCUUUCCUGAAUAUGAAGUACGAUCGAUGCAAGACGCCCAUCCGUGUCCUGGCCUCAGCCUUUGACCGUCUCCUCAAGAAGGUUGCAGAAGAUGAUGACCGAUCCCUGCUGACCAAACACUACCUACUGGACUCCAACUCGGUACCCCCGGUCUACCUGUUCCAGGGGAACGCCUCGGAAGACGAAGCGGAGAGGAUCUGUGAGAUCUUGAGGAGUUCUUGGGGCAAGGAGGAGAAGGAACGCUACAUGGCUUCUGUUUCAGAGACAGAGAUCGACGAGGGGGUCUUUUCCCCAACCAGCGUCAGCGACGCUGUCAUCUGGCUGCACCGUCGCUUCACCCGCAUCGACCCUAACGACGAUACAGCCGGCAUCUACUUAGACCUGUUGCCUGGCAACAAGGAGGCGGACACCCACUCCCACGAGCAGCUUGCCCAGCUGACCAAGAGACUGGCUGCUAAAGUCAACGAGGGGAACUUCUUUAAGUUUGAUAUCCCUUGGAGUCCGAAGGGUUUAGACCCGGAUGGUAUCUCAACUCACGCCAAGUACAUCGAUGACAUCUGCAACAAGACACAACAGAUUCUGACGGAGUUGAUCGACAGAGCAGUGGCUGAGAGGCUGGAGGAAGACGUCAUGGCAAAGAAAACGCAUCAGAGGCUAUAUCAAGAGUUACAGCACCACACGUUGCUUGCACAGAGGCACUCAGAAACAUUCCACGGCCAGACAGACCUCCUGAAUCGGGUCCGGGACUACCUCGGUGGAGACUCCCAAUCGCCCCUGAUCCUCCAUGGCGGGGCGGGGUCAGGCAAGACGGCGCUGGCGGCCAUGGCUGUCAAGCUGUGCAGCCAGGUCCUGCCGCUCAGCGCCUGCGUGGUGCGAUUCGUUGGCGCCACACCGGAAUCCUCAACACCCAAUCAGCUCCUGAGGAGCGCUUGUGAGCAGAUUGCUUACUUAUAUGGAGAGCAUAUAUCCAUCGCAUCCAAGGGAGCGAACCGAUUAAGCAAAGACCUACCAACGCUCCUGAAACGCGUGACGGAAGACCGCCCUCUAGUGGUGGUUCUGGACGGCAUUGAUCAGUUCACCUCCACAGGUGAUAACACUGCUGCAUUCAACUGGAUCCCGGACACGUUGCCUAGCAACGUCAAGAUGAUACUUACAAUGCGAGGAACGGACUAUGAAGGAUUCACGCAUCUCAAGAGUUUAUUGCGGGACAGUGCAAGCUUUGUGGAGGUACCACAACUUUCUGGAGCGGACUCCACCAAAAUGUUUGAGAGCCUUCUGAAGGCCCACGGACGGACAUUAUGCGACACCCAGGCCAAGCUCCUUAAGGAUGCUGUAGCAGGGUGUCCUACGCCACUCUACGUCAAGCUAGCUAGUCAUGUUGCUUGUACUUGGCGUAGCUAUGAUGAGAGUAGCUCAACCAAGCUAGAGAAGGACACUGGCGCACAAAUCAAUGCCAUCUUGGACAGGUUAGAACGGAGGUACGGCAAGCUGGCAGUCAGUCACUCGAUCGGUUACUUGUGUGUGGCGCGGGACGGUGUCUCCGAUGCUGAAAUGAAUGACUUGUUAUCUUGCGAUGAUGCCGUACUGGAUGAGCUCUACUCCAGCAAGAGACCGGUGCUGCGCAGGGUACCAGCAUACCUGUGGAUUGCCAUCUGUCAGGAGCUGGCACCGUUUCUCUCAGAUCGCGUGGUGGACGACCGGUGUUUAAGAACUUGGGCUCACGUCAGUUUGCGGGAGCUAGUCUGCAAGCGUUACUUGGCUGCCACUCAGAAUAGGAUACAGCUGCACAAGAAUAUGCAGGACUACUUUCAGGGUCGCUGGGCUAAGAGUAAGAAGAAACCCUUCAUUAAGGAGGGUGGCAUAGAGGUCCUGAUGGACCGCUAUGUUCUACCCCAGCUGGCUAGCUAUGGCAGCUACCCAAAUCGGCGGCGCUAUCAUGAACUCGUCUACCAUGCUCUGAACAGUGGCGAGAAGAAAUUCGCAGAUAAGUACAUUUGGGAUUUGGAAUGGUUGCGGCGCAAGUUAGAACACUGUGAUGUCUAUCGGGUGAUGGAAGAUGCCAUUUUGGCUCAGAGAAAGGACCCAAACAACCUUGACCUGCAACUGUUCCUGGAGUUCCUUCAAGUCUCAGCCUACGCCCUCUCCACGGACGGCUCGCAAUUAUUCACCCAGCUGAGGCAGCGACUUAGCGGAGGAGUCAUGGAGAGGAAAGGCUCCAGCUAUCCCAAGAUGCAACAGAUGUUUAAGCAUGCCGCCAAACCCCCAGUGUGCAAUUUUUUCCCAUCGCGGGACUGUUUACGCAGAAUGGAGGCCAAGUCACCGGACGAAUCGGAACCAACGCUCAAGCCCAUCUUAACAGGGUUGUACAGAGUGACCAAUAGCAACACUUUCAUGGUCUCGGUCGCUUCGGAAGAAGGCGAAGUCAAAGUCUGGAACAUAACCACGCAAAAGUGCGUUCGGACAUUACGCAACGUGACGUGCCCUCGUGACGUGCAGUUUAUUGACAAUCACCGCGUGGUGGUCCUCUGCAAUCGGGAACUUCUCAUUUUCAACCUGGACAUGGGUACAUUCGACACCAAACUGAAGGGCAUCAUGAACCAGAAGAUGCCGUACUACGGCAUGAGCGACUCUGAACACGUGGUGGCGCUCUCUCGAAAUCGCAUGUACGUCAACAUGAUCAAUGUAACCAGCGGCGACGUGGUAUCCACCUUCAAGGUUGGUGAAGACCGGUUCCUUAACAGCCUGCUAGUGAGCGCUAACGGUCACCGGUGCGUGUGUGGGGAUGACACUCAGAAACCCAGUCCUCUACUCGUCUGGGAUCUGACCGCCAGGAAACUGAUCCAUGAUUUCCGGAUCAACCAGCAUGAGUUUGUCACUCGUAUGGCUGCAAUCUCCAACGAUGGUCACUACGUUGUCUCAGUCAUCAAGGAGCUGGAUGACCCAAGUCGUAAUUUCAUCAUCGUCUACGACCUCCAGAGCGGUCAACAGUUCAAGAAAUGGAAGCCACUGUCCAAUACGACCUGUGUGGCCAUCUCAUCGGAAGGGCAGUGCGUGGUCAACGGCUGUGAAGACUGCUCUCUCCUAGUCUGGGACCUCUCCUCGGGAUCACUCAAGUACACGUUAGAAGGUCACACCCAUUCAGUAGACAGCAUCUACCUGAGUGAAGACGGAAAGCGAUGCCUAAGCAACGAUUCAACGCAGAUGGACAGGAGCCUUCACAUGUGGGACCUUCAGCAAGGUGUAAAUAUCGCGACGUUCACCCCAGACUACCCAAUCAGCUGCUGCCAGAUAUCAGCCAACGGGGACUGUGCCGUGAUUGGCCUACCCGGACAGAAGUCCAUCAUCACUCUGUGGUUACGCUCCAAGGACCUGGACACGUCUAGAGAGGACAAGAAAGCCUACGGUGAUGCUUCACGGGCAGGCAACGAGUACGACAUGAGUAACCAAGUCUAAAAACAAAAUCAAAAUCCAAUUUAAUUUUUUUGUUGAUCAUUUACAUACCCAUUGUUGUCGUGAAAUGUUCUUGUGUACAAUUCUUAGUGGGCUCAAACUAACAUAAUUGCACCCUGAAAGAUCUCCCUCCAAGGUGAAACGGAAAUGCAUAGUCGGCGCAGAUGUAAGGGUUUUAUGACUGAGGACUAGGGAUGAAGGGUUUCUUAAGACAACAAAAUCCCGAGGACCUGAGCCCAAGUCCUUGGUAGUUCCUGUGUACAAACAGAAAAAAGGAACAACAGAAGAGAAGUGUUGAUACUCAAUAGUAAAGCCAGACUGUGUGGACUUGGUCACAGGAGUUGUUUCAUGGGUUGCGUUUUUGGAUUUGUGGCCAAAUCGGGGAAGGGUUAGGAUAAUCGUCGUCUCGAAACGGUUUCUAUGUGGGCUGCUGCAAACUAGACAUGAGUGUCUGAUCGUCAAGUUGAGAUUCUGUAGAGAAAUGUGAUGUCGAGGGUGCACAAGAGUUCUGUGCUCAAAUUUUAAAAAAA